GAUCAACAAACAAUCAGCUGAUCGUAUCUUUACCAUCAACACCCUUCGUUGUAUAUACAAGUAUAUAAGUAAAUAGUAUAGAAUGAAAAACUUCCUCCACGCACGCAUCCUACGGACAGUAUCGAACGUGAUUGUGAACGGCAGUGCCAAUUCGGUAAGUCACCCGUGGCUACCUGUGGUCAGAGCUUCGCAGCCGUUGUUUACCGUAACCCGAGCGUACUGUUACUUCAACAUGAAGCCCAAAGUUUACGUCACCAGAAACGACUAUGCCCGCAUCGGGUUGGACCUGCUGAAGGAGGAAUGCGACCUAUCAAUCUGGGAUGAAGGAUAUCCGGUUCCGCGUGACGAGUUUCUGAAGAACGUAACUGGCAAGGAUGCCAUCUUUUGCUCACUGAAUGACCGAAUCGAUAAGGAACUACUGGAUCAAGCUGGACCAAGCCUGAAAAUUGUAGCAACAAUUUCCGUUGGCUUUGAUCACAUUGAUGUGAAGGAAUGUCGCGAUCGCGGCAUCCGUGUUGGGUACACUCCAGACGUACUAACGGAUUCAACUGCAGAACUCACGGUGGCACUGCUGCUGGCAACUACUAGGCGGUUGUUCGAAGCCAACAAAGAAGUUCAUAACGGAGGCUGGAAGAGUUGGUCACCAAUGUGGAUGUGUGGUACCAGUAUCAAAAAUUCUAUUGUCGGAAUCGUCGGCUUCGGCAGAAUUGGUCAGGAAGUGACUAAACGAAUUAUUCCCUUCAAACCAUCCCGGAUUCAAUUUACAAGUCGUACCGAUAAAUUCUUGACGGCAGAGGACUUGAAUGUGAGCCAGGUCCCCUUCGACGAACUUGUAGAAACAAGUGAUAUUAUAAUAAUUACAUGUUCGUAUAACGCGGCAACGGCCAAUCUAUUCAAUGAUUCCGUUUUUUCAAGAAUGAAGCCUUCUGCUAUUGUGAUAAACACUAGCCGCGGUGGAAUUGUUGAACAGCACGAUUUGAUACACGCGUUGAGGGCGGGGAAAAUCAGAGCUGCCGGAUUGGAUGUCACUACUCCGGAACCACUUCCACUGGACAGUCCAUUACUGCAAAUGAGUAAUGUGGUUGUUCUUCCCCAUAUAGGAAGUGCCGAUGUGGAGACCCGCACGGAAAUGUCCCGUAUAACAGCAUGCAAUAUCCUUGCUGGGUUGAAAGGAGUCAAAAUGAUUUCGGAAGUUUAAGUAAUCGACGGAUAACGUUUCGAAUAAUAUGCAAUCAGUUGCGAAAGGUUUAUUA